AUGUCCGAAAGGGAGGAUAACGUAUAUAAGGCUAAAUUAGCAGAACAAGCGGAGCGCUAUGAUGAAAUGGUUGAAGCAAUGAAAAAAGUAGCUUCACUAGACGUGGAACUUACGGUCGAGGAAAGAAAUCUUCUUUCUGUUGCAUAUAAAAACGUAAUUGGAGCUCGAAGGGCAUCCUGGCGAAUAAUAAGUUCAAUCGAACAAAAAGAAGAAAUCAAAGGAACGGAAGAAAAAAUUGAAAUGAUUAGACAAUACAGAUUACAAGUUGAAAAGGAGCUUAAAGACAUCUGUUCUGAUAUUUUGGAUGUUUUAGACAAACAUCUCAUUUCCUGUGCCUCUAGUGGCGAAUCAAGAGUCUUCUACUACAAAAUGAAAGGCGAUUAUCAUCGAUAUUUAGCUGAAUUUGCAUCUGGAAACGAUAGAAAAGAAGCAGCUGAAAAUUCACUAAUGGCUUAUAAAUCUGCAUCCGACAUUGCCAUGGCAGAUUUACCCCCUACGAACCCCAUAAGGUUGGGUCUCGCAUUAAACUUCUCAGUAUUCUACUACGAGAUAUUGAAUUCUCCGGAUCGGGCAUGCAGGCUAGCCAAGGCGGCUUUCGACGAUGCCAUCGCUGAAUUAGACACGCUGUCCGAAGAGAGCUACAAAGACUCAACUCUGAUAAUGCAACUUUUGCGCGACAAUUUGACUCUAUGGACUUCAGACAUGCAAGGAGAUGGUACGACCAACGACAACAGUGAAACGGAACAAAAAGAACAAUUGCAAGAUGUCGAAGAUCAGGAUGUAUCGUAA